GUAUAUGUCCCAGGAGAGAAGUGAGACGAUUGAGUCGAGGAUGGAAGCAGCGCUGUGGCAGUGAUUCCAGACUCCCAAAUCCAAUGUCUCGCGUUGGCUCUGUAGUUUCCUGCUGCUCGUCAGCCUUCUCUCUUCCCACUAGGCACUGCAGUAUCUUCUUAGCUCAAUUCCUAAAGAAUGGUUCACUUCGGACCCAGAAGAAACUAUCCUUCUCUAAUGCCAUUAACCUCAACACAUUCUCCUCUGCAACUACUACAGCUGUUGCUGCGUCUCCUUUCGACAUCGCUCCCCCACCCAUCGAAAAUGACUUUCUUGAAAUGAUGGCAGAUUUGGGGGCAAAUAUUUCAGAAGAUGGAACUGUCGAAACAUUUGGCAAUGAUGAUAUUGCUCUCAAGGCGGUUGAUGAUGAAGUCGUGGUAUAUUUCUACUUUUUUCCUAAAUAAAUGUUAUAUAACAUUGUGUUUUUU